AUGUCCAUAGACGCCAUUUAUCCAGUCUAUUCAUCAUUGGUGAGUGAGCAUCCAGUUGCACCUGUCCGCUUUACGUAAGAUCACUUUGUCUCCCACCGAAACGUGUAGGCGGUAGCAAUUCGUCGAAAUGAGAGGGAUAGAGAGAGGGAGGGACGCAUUUCCGAUGAAAUGAGGCCAUAUAAGCAGUCUGAUGACGUUGCAGGAAGAGUGCACCGCCGAAUGUGGAUCCCUCGUCUCCUACUGCACCGGUCAUCUUCCGAACCUUGUGUGCCAACUCAACUUCUUCGCUUUUCUCGCCGUCAUUUUUUUCGCCAUCUUCACAGGUUCGUGCUCAUUUCUUUCACACCGAAAGUGCGUGUUGGGACCGCCGACGCUCCAAGCAUAAUCAAAUUUAUUGAGACGGGUAAGGGCGCCGACCAGAGAUGAUCCCGGUCGACGGAACCGGAAUAGACUCGGAUACUACCGAAGCAGCAAUUAGAACGGGGAAAACAAGAAAGAAACUCAGAAGUCGUCGUUCCGUUUCUGUUUUUCUUUUUCGGGCGGAACGGGGAGUAAUUGCAGCAGCACGGACCCUGUUUGUUUAGUUCGUCACAGAGAAAAAGAGAAGGCGAUAAGGAUAAUCCGUGCGCAGGGUUUAGGUUGUUUUUUAGCUGCCGGGGGAGAAUUGACGCAAACGGGGAAUCUAUUUUUGUGACGUGGCAAUGCUUUGUUCGUUUUCGGUGAGAGAAUGCGUGAGAAACGAGUUCAUUUUGCAGGUAUUUUCAUCCCCGUCUCGUGCCUCUUCUGCUGGGUGACUGGCGGCUGCCGCAAGUCCAAGAGUUCCCGCCUGCUCUCUCCGUUCGCUUUUCUGUCAAAACGGCGGCGGAGUCGUCGGAGAGAGAUCGGAAACGAUGAGGAACGAAGCAGUCUGUACCCUUCCUCGCCGCCGACUCUUCAGAUCCGUGAGCACUUUCGCGGACCAUCAAAAAACUUGCCACUUGAGAUUUCAGCUGCCCCCAAGUGCCGGCAACCCUCAUCUUUUUCUCUUCCCGCCGUGUCGCACGACGUCAUUCUCGAGGAGAGCGAGUCGUCCGAUCACAACUGGAAACACGAGAAACGGUGUCGCAAAAUCACUUUCGACCUCUCAAUGACUCAUCGGGAUAACGAAUUCUCGCAACUGUGA